AUGGUUCAAGACAGUGCUCACAUUCGGCGGCAUGGUGCCCAGGACUUUAUGGCAUACUAUGACUUUGCCUGUGCCAGACAGGAAUCAGUUCCUCUCCCCGCUGUUAAGAUGAACCUUGACAAAGGGAUGCUGGACUUUAAUGGAGACAGGGUCAAACUCACAGACUGGCCACCCAUUCUCAACUCUAUCUGCAUUAACAAACACCUGCACCACAUUGCAAUAAGUAGCGCAUACCAAGCCAGUCUUGCAUCUGGAGACGCAGAUAGAAAGUACUAUAAGUCUAGCUUCAGGAAGAGGAUCCCAGCCAUUCGCUCUAAGGACAUGACAUUUAAGUUGUGCAAGGCCCUGAGAGAGUGUAUGACUGUCUCUCCCAACCUCAAGACUCUGCAGCUUAAUGGACUUCCACUGAGAGAGAGGGACCUCAUCACCCUGACAAAGGGUUUUUCAAAAAGUGUUUCCUUGGAAAACCUAUCUUUGGCUAACUGUCCAAUCUCUGAUGAGGGCUUAGAGGUCAUUUGCCAAAGUGUGAAGUAUUCUACAAGCAUCAGGGCGGUAGAUUUCACAGGAUGCAAUCUCACCUGGAGAGGGGCAGAGCAUAUGGCCAACAUCAUCAAGCAUCAGGGAAUGCAGAGGCAUGGCACUGCAUGGGCAGAGUCUCUGAGGUAUCGACAGCCACAGUUUGAGGGAAUGGGAGGUCUCCGCCGUGUCACCCUGAACUGUAACACUUUGAUUGGGGACCGGGGUGCUGCUGCUCUUGCGCAUGAACUGGCAGAGGACCUUUGGGUUAAAGCUGUUGACCUACAGAGGUGUGGUCUGUCCAACGAAGGAGCUCGUCGUUUGCUAGAAGCCUUGAAAACAAAUUCCGCUCUUUGUGUACUGGAUAUUCGUAGUAACCCUUUAAUUGACAAGGUCCUAAUUAAAACUAUACUAGAGAAAGUUCUGAUGAAUGCUCAUGGACAGUCACCAGAGUACUGCUGGAUCAAGCCUGCAGCCUCAGAGCCACAGAGAACUUCUGGUCCAAAGAGGCGAGCACAACCCAGUACAGCCAGAGGAAAAACUACAUUUAGGAUAGCCCCUCGUAAAGGAACUUCUCCUUCAGGUGUUGCUCUGACACAGAAGCCCUAUUCCCACUCCGGUUGUGUGCCUUGGCGUGCUGCUGCACGAGCUGGACGCCAGAGAGGUAUGCCUCCUGGAGUUUGUGUGAUAGAUCAAAGCUUCCAGGGUGCAGCCACCGUGAAGGUUACUGUGGAGUCUGAUUCAGAGGGAGAGGAGGAUGAAGAAGUGGAAGUGGAGGAGAGACCAUCUUCUCUCAGUCUCCAGGACAGGAUCACUGGACGGAAGUUUGAAUAUAUGCAGAUGGAGCUAAAAGAGUGUCGUCUGAGGCUGGCAGAGGAGCGCAGAGCCAGACUGAAAGCUGAGUCAAGGCUCAUGGAGUAUGAGCUGGAGAAUGCCCGUCUGCGUGACACCAACCUCUCCCUGUCAGAGGCGCUGGCAGCCACUGGCUCUGCAUCAGCACCACCUGCUCUCGGUGCUCUUGAAGACGAGGUUGUCCUCGAGAGCAUCGAGAGCUCAUUUACCAAGUUCCAUGCUUUCCUGGAUCUCCUUAAGGAUGCUGGCCUUGGUCAAUUAGCUUCAAUGGCUGGAAUUGACAAGUCAGACUUCCACCCUCCAGGAAGACCUCAGCUCUCCUCGACAGUAGGACCACACUUAGGUGGUGCAUCACUGGCUGGAGGAGAGUAUCGGGAUGUUCGGGCGAAGACUGAUGCUUCAUCUUUGGUAGGCCGUGUCCUGCCUGCUCCCCCUGGUAGACCGACUGAGACCACCACUCCCAGAACUCCAUCCUCUGUCAGGGAGUUUUUGCAUGAAGACAGGCCACUAGAUGUGACCUUCAUUCAGGCUUCUGGACCUGUAGAAGACCCUGGUGUAGGUGGAGAACCAGAUACACAUUCAAAGCCUGAUACCCAACAUGACUCCGGUUCUGAGCACAGUUUACGUAGCCAAAAAUCCUUUGAUAAGGUUUCCCUUAGUCAAGCUUUUCAGACUCAGCCAAGCCACCCCAAGAGCAACAGCAACUCUCGCAGAAGCAACGGUUCCCAUGGAUACAGCUUCAACAACAGCUAUGCUCGCAGUCUUUCUUCCCAUAGCAACGGGUCUAAUGGUGGAUUGUCAGUAAGAUCAAGUGUUAGUGACAUUAUCAGUGACAGGGCAGAGUCUGUGGGAUCAUUGGAGUCAGGGAACAGGAGAAUGAGAAGGUUAGUGACAGUUGGUCAGUCAGGGUCAGAAGGGUCCGAGGGAAAAGCCUUUCCUGGAAGGGAGUCUCAGAUCAGGUCUCUGGGCGCUCUGGCAGGGCAGUCAGACGAUGAAUCCUUCUGACCCACUGACUCGAGAAAUAUAAAACAAUUUGUCUCUCUGUGUCUGAUCUCAGUGCAUUCUCCUUUAAGUUCUUUCUGUUAUUUCUUAUGUAUGAUGUAGAUUGUAUACAUUUCAAGUAUAGAUUUGUUUUUAAAUCUUUGGAAGAAGCAAGAGAAUUUGUACAUCUUCAAUCUUACUUAUUUCAUUUAAGGGAGAGCGCAUCAUCUUGUUGCAUUGAAGCCAAAUCACAGAGUUGAAUGUCCUACCAAAUUUUAGUUACGGAUUGAGACAAAUGUGUGGAAAAAAAAUGCUAUGUAUAUUUUUGUAUUUACAUUUUACCCAUUUUGCACUCAGGGGGUAUGUACAGUAAAACACUUUAAUUCAGUAAAUUGUGAUAGUAGAUAUUUGGGUUUUCAAGCUAACCCCACCUCAAUCAAGUCCCUUUUUCAAAUCAGCAAAUCAAGUUCCUCCCAAUUUGAUCCUGUGAUUCUGUAUGUGUACCAUUACUCUUUUUAUGCCUUAUCUUUUUUUUUUUUUUUUUUUUUAAUAAAAGGUGAAUUCUGAUUGUUUCAUUGGUUGUUCAUGUUAGGAUAUUCUGCACUUCCAUAAAGUCUAUAUUUUUAAAUAAACGUCUUAGCAGUUUCAAAAUGUGUUUCUGAGCUUCUAAAUUGAAAAAGCUGUCUGUCACUUCAAAGUUGGAAAUGUUAGAAAUGCACCAUCAAAGUGCAUUAUGAAACUGGUAUAUUGCCCUAAUUUACCUGUGAAUUUCACAUUCCGAAGAGUUUCAAAAUUGACCCUGAUAUACCCUGUUUAUGCCAUUAACACAUGCAACACUAACAACUAAUACUGAAGUAAAUGUUCACUAAUAAAAUCAAUGUGUUGUGACACAAACCCUGAAAAA